AGAAAGGGAGUGUGAAACGGACUCAGGAAACGUUAACAAACCUUAGACAACUGUUUCCAGAAUUCCCUAAAUUUGCCUGUUUUCAGUUACAACGUUGUAUUAUUGCAUCUCUCUCUCUCUCUCUUUCUCUCUCUCUCUCUCUCUUUGCUUUAGUUAGGAGUUACUCCUCACCAGUCACCUCUGUAAUUUCUCCACCUAUUUUUAGUCUCUCUGUCUCUCUCUCAAAUGUUUUUUAGAACAGACGCCCACAUACAGUCUCAGGCUCUUUAGUCUAUAUAUGUAUUAAGUUCCAAGGUUAGAAACGCAAAGGAAGAAAGGUCGACGGGAUAAUUCACGGUUACUGUUCACGGGGCGGCUUUGACUACUCUCACAUUCACUAUAAAUAGUGACGCCCACCCUCCCACCUCGCUUCCUCCAUCACCUUUCUUCCCUUUCCUCCCUCCCUCUCUGUUAAUUUCUUUCUCUCUAUUUAGCUUCUGACUGGUUGGUUGCUCUUCUUUUCUCAUCUCAGCCUCCUCGCUUCAUUCUUCUGUAAGCUUUUGAUUAAAUUUUGGGGUUGAGCAGUGGUGGUGGUGGUGUUGGAUGGAGAGGGACAUGGAAGUUGCAGAGGAAGUCGUGGGGUCUAAUGAUCAGCACAGUACUCACGUUGUCAAGGGUAAGCGUACCAAGCGCCAGCGACCACCGUCCCCGUUCUCCGCCGUUGCUAUGGCUACUAGCUCUUCGAGUGGAGGAGGAGGAGGAGAUGGUGGUGCAGGUGGUGGAGAUGAUGGUGCCUUUCAUUCACCGACCACCUCGGCGGAAUUCGCAGAGAGCACCGAGGAAGAAGAGGACAUGGCCAAUUGUCUAAUUCUCCUAGCUCAGGGACACAGCCGGGACAGUCCAAAGCGAAUUGAGGAAGGUGGUGGGAUGGAGAUGAGGAUUAGUAGCCGAAGAUUUGCCGAGGCGGCAACGACGACCAGCGGCAAGGGAGGCUUCUACGUCUAUGAGUGCAAGACAUGUAACCGCUGCUUCCCUUCGUUCCAAGCGCUAGGUGGGCACAGGGCAAGCCACAAGAAGCCUAAGGCUAUGGCUGCAGAAGAAAAGAAGGCGUUAAUGGUGUCCUCGCCGGAGGAAGAUGAAGCCCAAUUCAACAACGUUAACAGCAGCCCACACCUUCAUCUCCAGAUAGCUGGCAACAAAGCUUCUGUAUAUGGAAACAAGUCGAGGGUCCAUGAGUGUUCCAUCUGUGGCUCAGAAUUCUCGUCCGGCCAGGCUUUGGGAGGCCACAUGAGGCGACACAGAAGCGCUCCUACAACAGCCACCACAAUCACCACGAGUCCUGACUCUCCAGAAGCCAAGAAGCCAAGGACGACGAAUGUAUUGUCAUUGGAUUUGGAUCUCAACCUCCCGGCGCCAACAGAAGACGUCGAUCACCGGGAACCCAAAUUCCCCUUCUCGUCGAAGCAACAGCCUUCACUGUUAUUCUCGGCCUCGGCCUUGGUGGAUUGCCAUUACUAGCUAGCUCUAGCAAGCAAGGAAGAAAAAGCAUCCCACAGCCCCCUCUCUAGCUAGCUAGUCUCUUUGUUCCUCGACCCAUGAUCUGGAAACCGGAUCAUCAAUGUGAAUUAUUAACAGGAUUCUUAUUCUUGUUCUUCUUAUUACCCAUUCAUAAUUAUUCAACAUAUAUUAUCGAUUCUUUGGAUUCUUUUC